CUUGGCUCUAACUUCCCAGGAAGGUCUGCUCUCUCUGGACUGCGCUGUCACCCGCCCUCAGGAUGUCGGGGGCCUCCGUGAAGGUGGCCGUCCGCGUGCGGCCCUUCAACUCUCGGGAGAGCAGCAGAGACUCCAAGUGCAUCAUCCAGAUGCAAGGCAACUCCACCAGUAUUAUUAACCCAAAGAACCCAAAGGAAGCGCCAAAGUCCUUCAGCUUCGACUACUCCUACUGGUCGCACACCUCGCCGGAAGACCCCUGUUUCGCAUCUCAGAACCGGGUGUACAACGACAUCGGGAAGGAAAUGCUCCUGCACGCCUUCGAGGGCUAUAACGUCUGCAUCUUCGCCUACGGGCAGACGGGCGCCGGGAAGUCUUACACCAUGAUGGGCAAACAGGAAGAGAGCCAGGCCGGCAUCAUCCCACAGCUAUGUGAAGAACUGUUUGAGAAAAUCAACGACAACUGCAACGAAGAGAUGUCGUACUCCGUGGAGGUGAGCUACAUGGAAAUUUACUGUGAAAGAGUCCGAGAUUUGCUGAACCCAAAAAACAAGGGCAAUCUGCGUGUGCGCGAGCACCCGCUGCUCGGCCCGUACGUGGAGGACCUCUCCAAGCUGGCGGUCACUUCCUACACGGACAUCGCCGACCUCAUGGACGCCGGCAACAAGGCCAGGACGGUGGCAGCCACCAACAUGAACGAGACCAGCAGCCGCUCCCACGCUGUGUUCACCAUUGUCUUCACCCAGAAGAAGCAGGACACGGAGACCAACCUCUCCACCGAGAAGGUCAGUAAAAUCAGCUUGGUGGAUCUCGCGGGAAGCGAACGAGCUGACUCAACAGGAGCCAAAGGGACUCGACUGAAGGAAGGAGCGAACAUUAAUAAGUCUCUCACCACUUUGGGCAAAGUGAUUUCCGCCUUGGCAGAGGUGGAUAACUGCACCAGCAAGAGUAAGAAGAAGAAGAAGACGGAUUUUAUCCCCUACCGAGAUUCUGUCCUCACGUGGCUUCUUCGAGAAAACCUAGGGGGCAACUCCCGGACUGCCAUGGUGGCGGCCCUGAGCCCGGCGGACAUCAACUACGACGAGACCCUGAGCACCCUGAGAUACGCAGAUCGUGCAAAACAAAUCAAGUGCAACGCCGUCAUCAAUGAGGACCCCAACGCCAAGCUGGUUCGUGAGUUAAAGGAGGAGGUGACCCGCCUGAAGGAUCUUCUCCGCGCUCAGGGCCUGGGCGACAUUAUUGACAUUGACCCAUUGAUCGAUGAUUACUCUGGAAGUGGAGGCAAAUAUCUGAAAGAUUUUCAGAACAAUAAACAUAGGUACUUGCUAGCCUCUGAGAAUCAACGCCCUGGCAAUUUUUCCACAGCAUCCAUGGGGUCUCUCACUUCAUCUCCAUCUUCCUGCUCACUCAGUAGUCAGGUGGGCUUAACAUCAGUGAGCAGUAUUCAGGAAAGGAUCAUGUCAACCCCUGGAGGAGAAGAGGCCAUCGAGCGUCUGAAGGAGUCAGAGAAGAUCAUUGCCGAGUUGAAUGAAACCUGGGAAGAGAAGCUGCGUAAGACAGAAGCCAUCAGAAUGGAGAGGGAGGCCCUGCUGGCUGAGAUGGGAGUAGCCAUUCGGGAAGACGGAGGGACCCUGGGAGUUUUCUCGCCUAAGAAGACCCCGCAUCUCGUUAACCUCAACGAGGACCCGCUGAUGUCCGAGUGUCUGCUCUACUACAUCAAAGAUGGAAUCACAAGGGUUGGCCAGGCAGAGGCCGAGCGGCGCCAGGACAUCGUGCUGAGCGGGGCCCACAUCAAGGAGGAGCACUGUGUCUUCCGGAGCGAGAGGAGCGACAGCGGCCACGUGAUCGUGACCCUUGAGCCCUGCGAGCGCUCAGAAACCUACGUGAAUGGCAAGAGGGUGUCCCAGCCCGUUCAGCUGCGCUCAGGGAACCGGAUCAUUAUGGGCAAGAACCACGUGUUCCGGUUCAACCACCCCGAGCAGGCACGGGCGGAGCGGGAGAAGACGCCCUCCGCGGAGACCCCCUCUGAGCCUGUGGACUGGACGUUUGCCCAGAGGGAGCUUCUGGAAAAACAAGGCAUUGACAUGAAGCAGGAGAUGGAGAAGAGGCUGCAGGAAAUGGAGAUCCUGUACAAGAAGGAGAAGGAGGAAGCAGAUCUUCUCCUGGAGCAGCAGAGACUGGACUAUGAGAGCAAGCUGCAGGCCUUGCAGAAGCAGGUGGAGACCCGAUCCCUGGCUGCAGACACGACCGAAGAGGAAGAAGAGGAAGAGGAAGUUCCUUGGACACAGCACGAGUUUGAGCUGGCCCAGUGGGCCUUCCGGAAGUGGAAGUCCCACCAGUUCACCUCCUUACGGGACCUCCUCUGGGGCAAUGCUGUGUACCUGAAGGAGGCCAACGCCAUCAGCGUGGAGCUCAAGAAGAAGGUGCAGUUUCAAUUUGUUCUGCUGACUGACACCUUGUACUCCCCUUUGCCUCCUGAACUGCUUCCCACUGAGAUGGGGAAAGCUCACGAAGACAGGCCUUUCCCCCGCACCGUGGUGGCGGUGGAAGUCCAGGACCUGAAGAACGGAGCAACGCAUUACUGGUCUCUGGAGAAACUCAAGCAGAGGCUGGAGCUGAUGCGGGAGAUGUACGACCGGGCUGGGGAGGUGGCCUCCAGCGCCCAGGACGACGGCGAGGCCGCGGUGACCGGCAGCGACCCCUUUUAUGACCGUUUCCACUGGUUCAAACUCGUGGGCAGCUCCCCCAUUUUCCACGGCUGUGUGAAUGAGCGCCUGGCCGACCGUACGCCCUCCCCCACUUUUUCCACGGCCGAUUCCGACAUCACGGAGCUGGCUGACGAGCAGCAGGAUGAGAUGGAGGAUUUUGAUGACGAGGCGUUCGUGGACGACACCGGCUCUGACGCAGGGACGGAGGAGGGAUCGGACCUCUUCAGUGACGGGCACGACCCGUUUUACGACCGAUCCCCUUGGUUCAUUUUAGUGGGAAGGGCCUUUGUCUACCUGAGCAACCUGCUGUACCCCGUGCCCCUGAUCCACCGGGCGGCCAUCGUCAGCGAGAAGGGCGAGGUGCGGGGCUCGCUGCGCGUGGCCCUGCAGGCCAUUGCAGCGGAUGAAGAAGCUCCUGAUUAUGGCUCUGGAAUUCGACAGUCAGGAACAGCCAAGAUAUCUUUCGAUAACGAAUACUUCAAUCAGAGUGACUUUUCCUCGGCGGCCAUGACUCGCUCCGGGCUGUCCCUGGAGGAGCUGAGGAUCGUGGAGGGCCAGGGCCAGAGCGCCGACGUCAUCACCCCCCCGGAAGAAAUGAACCGAAUGAGUGACACGGAUUUGAAGUCAGGCUCAUUGCUGGACGGGAAGAUGGUGAUGGAAGGGUUCUCGGAAGAGAUCGGCAACCACUUGAAGCUGGGCAGCGCCUUCACUUUCCGCGUGACUGUGCUGCAGGCCAGCGGGAUCCCGCCCGAGUACGCGGACAUCUUCUGUCAGUUCAACUUUUUGCAUCGCCACGAUGAAGCCUUCUCCACUGAGCCCCUCAAAAACAAUGGCAGAGGAAGUCCCCUGGGCUUCUAUCACGUGCAGAAUAUCGCCGUGGAGGUCACAGAGUCGUUCGUGGACUACAUCAAAAACAAGCCCAUCGUGUUCGAAGUCUUUGGACAUUAUCAGCAGCACCCACUUCACCUGCAAGGACAGGAGCUUAACAGCCCCCCGCAGCCCGGCCGGCGCUUCUUCCCUCCGCCCAUGCCGCUGUCCAAGCCAGUUCCAGCCACCAAGUUAAACACCAUGAGCAAAACCACCCUGGGCCAGAGCAUGAGCAAAUACGACCUCCUGGUGUGGUUUGAGAUCAGCGAGCUGGAGCCCACCGGAGAGUACAUCCCAGCGGUGGUUGACCACACGGCAGGCCUGCCCUGCCAGGGGACGUUCCUGCUGCACCAGGGCAUCCAGCGCAGGAUCACGGUCACCAUCAUCCACGAGAAGGGGAGUGAGCUCCACUGGAAGGAUGUCCGGGAGCUGGUGGUCGGCCGAAUAAGGAGCAAGGCCGAGGUGGAGGAAGCUGCCGUGGACGCCAUCCUCUCCCUGAACAUCAUCUCCGCCAAGUACCUCAAGUCUUCCCACAGCUCGAGCAGGUCCUUCUACCGAUUCGAGGCGGUGUGGGACAGCUCCCUCCACAACUCCCUCCUCCUGAACCGCGUGACACCCUAUGGGGAGAAGAUCUACAUGACCUUGUCGGCCUACCUAGAGCUGGACCACUGCAUCCAGCCGGCCGUGAUCACCAAGGACGUGUGCAUGGUCUUCUACUCCCGCGACGCCAAGAUCUCACCGCCCCGCUCUCUGCGCAGCCUGUUCGGCAGCGGCUACUCGAAGUCGCCUGACUCCAAUCGAGUCACUGGAAUCUACGAACUCAGCUUAUGCAAAAUGGCAGACACGGGUAGUCCAGGCAUGCAGCGGAGGAGGAGGAGAGUCCUGGACACGUCGGUGGCCUACGUGCGGGGCGAGGAGAACCUGGCGGGCUGGCGGCCCCGCGGGGACAGCCUCAUCCUGGAGCACCAGUGGGAGCUGGAGAAGCUGGAGCUCCUGCACGAGGUGGAGAGAACGCGCCACCUCCUGCUGCUGCGCGAGAGACUUGGCGACAGCGUCCCCAAAUCCCUGAGCGACUCGCUGUCCCCCAGCCUCAGCAGCGGGACCCUCAGCACCUCCACCAGCAUCUCCUCUCAGAUCUCCACCACCACCUUCGAGAGCGCCAUCACGCCCAGCGAGAGCAGUGGCUACGACUCGGCGGACAUCGAAAGCCUGGUGGACCGAGAGAAGGAGCUGGCCACCAAGUGCCUGCAACUUCUCACUCACACUUUCAACCGAGAACUCAGCCAGGUGCACGGCAGCAUCAGUGACUGCAAGCUGUCCGAUAUCUCUCCGCUCGGACGGGACCCGUCUGUGUCCAGUUUCAGCAGCGCCACCCUCACCCCCUCCUCCACCUGCCCCUCUCUGGUAGACUCGAGGAGCAGCUCCUUGGACCAGAAGACCCCAGAAGCCAGUUCCCGAGCCUCUAGCCCCUGCCCAGAAUAUGAGCAGUUUCAGAUUGUCCCAACUGUGGAAACACCCUUUUUGGCCCGUGCAGGAAAAAAUGAAUUUCUCAAUCUUGUCCCAGAUAUUGAAGAAAUUAGACCAGGCUCCGUGGUCUCCAAGAAGGGAUACCUGCACUUCAAGGAGCCACUCUCCAGCACGUGGGCGAAGCAUUUCGUGGUGGUCCGCCGCCCUUACGUCUUCAUCUACAACAGUGACAAGGACCCUGUGGAGCGGGGCAUCAUCAACCUGUCCACGGCGCAGGUGGAAUUCAGCGAGGACCAGCAGGCCGUGCUGAAGAUGCCUAACACCUUCGCUGUGUGCACAAAGCACCGCGGGGUCCUUCUGCAGGCCCUCAAUGACAAAGACAUGAACGACUGGUUGUAUGCCUUUAACCCACUCCUCGCUGGCACAAUAAGGUCAAAGCUCUCCCGCAGAUGCCCGAGCCAGCCGAAGUACUAGCCACUGCUGAGCGCCCUCACUCGCCUGCCGAGAGAUAAAGAAAGUGUUACCUCUCACUUCUCCUUGUGAUUCUUGACGGUCACUCUUGUGCGAGACCCUGUGGCUUCCCCUCUCGCCCCCUUGUCCAGCACUUUUCUAGCUCCUGUCCCCUCCUCCAUUGCUCUGUACUUUUCUCCUGUGCUGAAAAUCCUGUUACUAGCAUGUGACCUAACAGGGGUGGGUGGGGGGGACAAAGAAACACAAAGGCUCAGGGGGACCCAGUGAAUCUCCACUUAUUUUGGGGUGUAUUCUUGGCUUCCUUUUAUAUGAUAGGUCCCCAAUAUGACCACCCUGGUGUCUGUACUGCUGUGUUUGGGUGCUUUGUCUUUUUCAGGACAGCGUAAUACUUCUUUUCAUUUCACCAUUUGUAGAAUCACUUUAAUUGUUCUUGGGUGGCUAGAGACUAAGGGAAGAGACGUCUGGCUUGUUUGGAACCUGAGAGGAAAAGCAUACCUAUACCCCUUCUGUCUCUCUAGCCAGGGCUAAUCCCUGUGAUCUUUAUGCAGGGAAAGGUGGGUGUAGAAAGGGAAAGGGUAGAUUCUUUGAAACUGAGGCUUAUUAGGAACAUGGUUAUAUUAUAUAACUUCCACCUAGAAAAGGCUGUUGGUGGUCUGGGACUGGCUGCAGCUGGCCUGGGAGAGGGCAGGGAGGGCUUAUUGCCUGUGGAUUUCCGGGGACUCUCGGGCUUGGCAGUGGCCACGAAGGCCUGUGGCUCCCCACGGGCUCUGCCCUGAGCCACGCCUCAGUGCUGUGACUGGCACCCCUGGCGCUGCCCCUGGAAAGCGGCAUGGUGUCAUGCGUGGGUAUCCCGCCAGGGGGCGCCUUUCACCUUCUGGUGCCGGACUGAGCACUGGCUGCUGAGAGGUGCCCUGCUGUGCCUCAGUCACUGUGCCCCAAAAGACGAAGCUUUCAAGUGUGAACCCGGAAGCCCCUCUGAGUCCAGUGUCAUUUUCAUGAUGUCAGAUGAAGCUUGUUUCCUGUGCCCAAAUACGCGCACCCCCAGGCUUCUCUUUCCAGACCCCAGGAUUUGGACCCCCCUCACCUCUAGAAACACAGGACCCCCGAGGGCAGUGAUGCAUCCCCAGCCCUGGCGCCCCCCGCAGCAGCCUCCUUCCCGCCUCGCCUACACCACCCGGUGUGGGACUCCGCGGGGAGCGGGAGGAGCCCCAGUGGGCAGCCUGCUCCCCUGGCAGACCGGUCCCCGCGCCACGGAAGACACUUCUCGUCCAGUCGUCGAAGGGCUUUACAGGCGUGGCCUGGAGAGAGGCGGCUCCCGGUCGCCCCGCGCUGCGGUGGCUGCGCCACCCUUGACCUCUCUGCCCCACUGUGUCCUGGGGGAGCCGAGGUCCUUGGCCUGCGGUUGCUGGCGCUCAGGUGCUGGGGGACUGGACGGCCUUCGCUCAGACACCGGAGGCCAAGGGCUCUGGCCUGUCCGCAGAGCAGCUGCGGGCAGGCUGUGCGGACCCGACCUCGGUUCCGAUUUCCUGGUGGGACUCGCUGCCCAGCUCGCCUUAGAAUGCCUCCAGAGAGGGGAGACGUGUCGCGGAGAGUCUGCAGGGGCAAGACAGAGAGCGCAGCCGACCUCCUCCAAAAAGUGGUCAGUGACACUCGGUCGCGGACUCUUAAAACGUUCUCCCUCGCCUCAAAACAUAGGUCACUAACUGUAAUGCUGUUUCUUUCUGAGUGGCAUGUGAGGUUUCCCGUAGUUAGCGGUUUCUUCGUUGUCUGAUGGAUACAGUGGGCCCGUCUGGGGUACGCUCAGACCUAGGCCUCAGAGGUGGCCUCCCAGGCCGGACUGAAAUCUGAUUUCAGGGAAAUGAAGAUGAAAUGUGAAGGUUACUUUUAAAACGGAUUCGCAGCUGCCCCUGCCGCUGUUGCCAAGUCUGUGGGAAGACACCCAGGCCCGCGCCGGGCGGGGAGGCGCUGAGACGACUUUGUGUUUCUUCUAACUCUAACAACUGGCUUGGAAAGUCUUUGCUUUGGAGGCGUAGACACCAGGGCAGGCUGGACGGUGCCGUGGCGCGCCCAGGCGAGCAGGCCGGCGAGGAAGGCCACGCCGCCACUCGGGCCGGCCGCCGGCGAGCCGUGCCGCAGAGGGACCCCGUCCCCAGGUCGGGGCCGGAACAGCCCCAGGCUUGCCAGGCCUUUUCCCCCAGCCACCCCCGGUCCUCGCCCAGGCCGCUGCGGGGCAGGAACCACCUUGAGGCUUUCGCGGAAGUCAGAAUGGCGAGAAA